CAUCAUCACGGUGGAUACGGAGAACAACUAGAUCUCUUCUCGAGUCCCCAAUUGCACAAAAUGAUGGUGCCUGUGUGCUUGUCCAUCAUCUUCGCUGGGGGUCCUUUCACUCGUCUGCACUCACAACGGACAAGUCCUUAGGUGGACGUUUCACCAUUCCCUGUCAGUUACUGAUACCGAGAAAAAAAAAUGAUGUUUCAGUGGCUGAGAGGCUUCUCUGCGGUCGCUUCUUUCCCUGCAAGGAUGACAGCCGGGUCGCAGAUUCGCCAAAUGCAUUCCUUCCAGGUAUUCCGUGAUGUCCCUCCUCUCCGCCAAUUCCGACGACAGAAAUUGCUCGAGAACAGGACCGUUGGCCUCGUUCCCACCAUGGGCGCUCUUCACGACGGACAUAUCUCUCUGAUUCGUCAAGCAGCGCAAGACAACACCGAUGUGGUUGUCAGCAUAUACGUGAACCCAACGCAAUUUGGUGUCAACGAGGACCUGUCGAGCUAUCCGCGAACGUGGGAUUCGGAUGUACAGAAACUGGAGGAGCUGAACAAGGAGCUUGCUGCCGCUGGGGGCGCAGCGUCAGGCCGUAUCACGGCGGUCCUGGCUCCAACGUCCAAGGUCAUGUACCCCACCUUGCCGCCUAGCUCAGAACCGGACGGCCAUGGCUCCUUUGUUACGAUCACCCCUUUGGCGACGAAGCUCGAAGGAGCAUCCCGCCCGGUCUUCUUCAGAGGCGUCGCUACAGUUUGUACUAAACUCUUCAACAUUGUCACCCCCGACCGCGUGUACUUCGGACAAAAAGACAUUCAACAAUGCGUCAUCAUCAAGCGCAUGGUGAAGGACUUCCAUAUUGGCACAGAAGUCAAGAUCCAACCGACAGUACGCGAGUCGGAUGGCUUGGCCAUGAGUUCCAGAAACGUCUACUUGGGAGCGCGCAGACGUGCUGUUGGGCUGGUCCUUUACAGAGCAUUGAAAGCCGCCGAAGAGGCGUUCAAAUCCGGCAAGGUCACUCGCAGUGAGAUACUGGGUGCUGCCAACCGUGUGACGCAAGACGUAUUAGCUGAGCAGCAGGCUCUGCCGCCGUCUGAACGGGCAUUGUAUGAAGUUGACUAUAUAUCUCUAGCGGACCCCGAGUCUCUAGACGAGCUCGAUGUGGUUGAUCCGUCUGACGGUGCCAUCCUGAGUGGCGCCGUCAAAAUGCUUCCCAUCGAGGCCCCGAAGUCCGGAGAGGACUGCGGAUUGGGUUCGGGUGCUGUUCCCGUGAGGCUGAUUGAUAACCUCAUCUUGAGCCUUUCGACUUGAUUUUGAUGUGUACUUCCAGAUACCCACCGCGCAUCUCUAUUUUGCAUUAUCCUCAUGAUUCGAGGCGGUAUACACUCAAAAAGGGAUUUUCUGUACCAAUAGAUCGUGCGUCAUUGACUAGGUGUCACAGCGCAAAUAAAAGCGGUUAACAACGUUAUCACAACAUGGUAGAUUCGAGAAAUAAUAGAGAGAC